ACAGGCUACAGUGUCUCUCCGUCUCACUCCCACUCGUCCAGUCGUCCGCCAUGGAAAACCACAGCAAGAAGAAAAAAUCCACCAUUAAAACCUUAACUAAAACUUCAAACUCCACCCUAUUCCUCCUCUUAAUCUUCGUCUCUCUCCUCCAAAAUUCCCAUUGUGCGUUCCCCAAACCCCCUCCUCUUCCCAUCUUACCUCUCCCCUCUGCUUCCCAGCUCAACUGGCAGCAAGCUUCCAUGUCCCUCUUCCUCCACUUUGGGAUGAACACCUUCACUGACUCCGAAUGGGGAUCUGGCCAGGAAGACCCGUCCGUCUUCAACCCAACUCAGUUCAACGCCACCCAGUGGGUCCAGGUUGCCAAGGACUCCGGCUUUUCAACGGUGAUCCUCACUGCAAAGCACCACGAUGGGUUCUGCUUGUGGCCCAGUGACUACACGAAUUACUCUGUGCGUUCCAGUCCGUGGGAGAAGGGAAAUGGAGACGUGAUGGCGGAGCUGGCCGCGGCUGCGAAGGAGGCUGGCGUUGGAUUGGGGAUAUACCUGUCGCCGUGGGAUCGCCAUGAAGAUUGCUACGGGAAGACUGUGGAGUACAAUGAAUUCUACUUGGGACAGAUAACUGAGUUAUUGACCAGGUAUGGAGAGAUCAAGGAAGUAUUUUUAGAUGGUGCAAAAGGUAAAGGGGCAGUUGACAUGGAUUAUCUCUUUGAUUCUUGGUUUAGUCUCAUCCAUCAGCUCCAGCCUGCUGCUGUCAUCUUUUCUGAUGCUGGUCCUGACUCUAGGUGGGUAGGGGAUGAAGCUGGUGUUGCUGGGUCUACUUGCUGGUCCCUUUUCAACCGGAGCAAUGCAAAGAUUGGCGAUACCGAUCCCAAGUACUCACAGGGAGGAGAUCCAUGGGGCCAUGACUGGGUGCCUGCUGAAUGUGAUGUCUCCAUCAGGCCUGGUUGGUUCUGGCAUGCAUCACAAGUUCCGAAGACUGCACUGAAGCUUCUUGACAUAUACUAUAAAUCAUCUGGCAGGAACUGUCAUUUGUUAUUAAAUGUGCCUCCAAAUACUUCCGGACUGAUUUCUGAUGAAGAUACAAAAGUCCUUCGAGAAUUUAGUGAGCUCAGGAGGUCCAUAUUCUCCAAUAAUUUGGCCAAGAAGGCCAUUCUUAGCGCCAGCAGUACUCGAGGAGGAAAUGACAAUUCCCAAUUUAACCCUUACAAUGUUCUUGAAGAAGGUAUUCAUACCUACUGGGCUCCUGAAGAGGAUCAAUCUAGUUGGGUUUUAUACCUAGACCUUCAUGAAUUAGAGUCUUUCAAUGUUCUGCAAGUUCAAGAGCCAAUUGAAAUGGGACAGCGUGUUAUCUCCUUCCAUCUAGAGAUCAUUGACGACAAUGGGAAGUGGAAGAAAGUGAUUAGAGGCACCACAAUCGGAUACCAGAGGCUGUUGCAAUUUCCAACUGUUAAGUCUCGCCAGUUGAAGUUCGUAAUCGACGAGUCAAGGGCAGAUCCACUUAUAUCUUAUUUUGGCAUUUAUAUUGAUAGGUUUUCCAUUUUAGGCAGCAUAUCUGAUACCAAUUCACACACGCUAUACAACAAAAGUCAGAUUUAUCCACAUAUCCAACACAACCAUUCUCAAAUCUCCACAAUGUAGCAUCUGUUUAAACUUCAGGUUACUAUUGUUACACAGGUAAUGGUCAGAUUUUCAGAGGACUGAUUGUUGAUGGCUUA